CAAUUGGUGGUGAAGGACCCCCCCCCCCCCCCUCCUGUCUUCGGCAGUUCGGGGCAGAGACAGAGCGACGGUCGGAAGUUCGAGUCGGUCUCGAGCGGCGGCCGUUAGCCGGGAGUUGGGGGACGACCCCCAAACCUUUCAUUUCUCCGCCUCCUCUUACUGGAACACAGCCGGUAGCUGGUGGGGGACAACAAGGGGCGGCGUUAGGGAGGUUGUUGCUUCCCUUUCCCGUUGGUAUACCGGCCAUGGAGCAGGUUGCACGGUUCGGGAAGAGGCCGAGGAGGAUGGCGGCCCUCGGAGCCCAGUGUGUGGAGUAGCGCCCACCCUCUCCCUCUCCGUCUCUGGUCGCAUUCCUCAUCCUCCUGAGGGUGCGGAAGUAACCGUGAUUACUGAACAACCGCUCCUCUCUUUCAAGACAAGGAGAGCGAGGGAGAUACGGUUGGAUCAUCUCCUUUGCUUCCCUAUCUCUCCCUCCAAAAUGGAUAGCAAAUCGUUUGCAAUCGUCCUGGAUGAAAUACGGAAGGGGGUUCUGACUGAUCAUAAAUUAAAGGCAAUUGAAUAUGUACAUGGAUAUUUUUCAAGUGAACAGGUGGUUGAGUUACUGAAGUAUUUUUCUUGGGCAGAACCUCAACUGAAAGCCCUUAAAGCUUUACAGCAUAAAAUGGUAGCCAUCCAUGUAUCUAAAGUAAUAAAUAUCCUUCAAUGCCUCACUUUCACUAAAGAUAAACUUGUCGCCUUAGAUCUAAUAGCCUUGAAUAUCAUUGAUCCUCACAAUUAUCGGCUAAUUGAAGAUAUUUUCCGGGUACACCUGCCAGAAAAGAAACGCUGCAAAAGAAUUCUUGAUCAGGCUUCUAAAGCUGGCUGUAAGGCUCCUCUCGCAAUGAGAUCUUCGUGUGGAAUGAUUCCAGGAAACCCAUAUCCUAAAGGGAAACCAAGUGCGUUGAAUGGAUUGUUAGCGGCUCUUUCUGUAAAGAAAGAAAAUGAAAGUGGUUAUAAUGUUGGCCGAGGGAUAGCAACCUGUAUUCUUGGACCUUCUAAACCUGCUCCAGCAACUUACAAUCCUCAUAAGCCUGUUCCUUACCCUAUACCUCCUUGCCAACCACAUGCAACUAUUGCACCAAGUGCAUAUAAUACAGCUGGCCUUGUCCCAAUGGGCAGUUUCAUAGCUCCAGUUGUAGCCCCAGCCGCCUAUGCUCCUCAACAAGCUUUUUCCAGAUCAGCCAACCAACUGAGCUAUAACUCCUCUGCUGCCAACUUGCAUGCGACUGUGUUCUCACCACUUGGUUCUUACUCAUCAGCUCCAGCAACACCUGUUGCAACACCUACAUUUGUCCAGUCGCCUGCAAAUCAAUUAGUUUUUGCUUCAGCGCCAGUAACACCAGCCUUUUCAAGGCUUGGCACAUCCGCCUCAAUACCUCCAGUUUUUGCAGGUGUUCCUCAAUCAAGUGGCUCUUCUGCCCCACCUCCAUAUCCUGAAUGUCAGGACACUACGGCUGUAGUAUCAGCGGCACCACAGAAUUCCCAGGCACAUGGUGAAGUAAGGUCAGGAAAUACUGGUACAUCAACUCAUAGUUCAACUGUCACAGGAUUAACCUCCAGCUACACUAACACAAACUGUAGUCCUGGUGUGAUGCCACAAACUGGUUCAUCCUCAGGUUUUCAGACAAGUGAAAAUUCCAAUACAUCUCCACCGAUGAGCAACUCAUUCCCAAAUCUUCUAUCCUUCCCAGGAUUGCCUAUAUUUUUCCAGAAUCAGACUUUAUCUCCUGCUUCUCUGUCUGCACUCCAAGCAGGAAUGACUGUUACAAAUUUACCUGGUCUUCAGUCUAUUGCAACUGCAGCAACAUUGACAGGAAUGCAUUCCUCUGGGACUACUACAUCUCUGUCUCCAGUCCAGAAUGGUGCGAUGGCAGCUACAAUGCCUGGGCUUCAGUCUGCUGUUUCCGUUGCUGGACUCCAGUCUAAUGCUGAUGUCACCUCUCUUCAUGGGCUCCAAACUACAGCAUCGCUAGGUGGACUCCAAUCUAAUGGAAAUUCAAUGUCUCUUGCUGGACUGCAGCCUACAGUAUCUCUUGCUGGGUUGCAAUCUGCUGCAGCAUCUCCAAUUGGAAUGCGAUCUGCUGCAGCAUCUCCAGCUGCACUGCGAUCUACUGCAGCAUCACCAGCUGCACUGCAAGCUGCUGCCUCUCUCGCUGGUCUGCAUGCUGUUGCUGCCUCUCUUGCUGGACUGCAGUCUGCUGCUGCUGCCUCCCAUGCUGGCCUCCAUCCUGGUCCUACAUCUGCUUCUGAGCUCCAGUCAGUUCCUGCCUCCCCCUCUGGACUCCAGCAUUCAAUUUCCUCUCUCCCUGGGCUUCAGCCUGCUGCUGUCACACUUCCCAGAUUGCAGUCAUCUACAUCUUUUUCCGGACUUGAUUCUAUUGUGGUUGCUGCCUCAUUACCUGGAUUGCAACCUACUACAACUGCAGUCACCCUUCCCAGUCUCCAAGCUGCUGUAGCUGCCUCAUCUUUGCCUGGCCUUGAGUCAGCAAUGGCGGCUGCUUCUCUCCCUGUUUUGCAGUCUGCCUUGGGUGCUGCUUCUUUACCUGGACUUCAGUCUCUAGGUGCUGGGUCUUUACCAGGAAUCCAGUCUGUAGUGGGUUCCCCUGCACUCUCUAGUAUCCAGUCCACUAUUGGUGCUACUUCAUUUUCUGAUCUUCAGUCCACUGUAGGUACCACUUCUAUCCCUAAUGUACAGUCUGGUGUGAGCAUGGUGUCACCUACAGGCCUACAGUCUAACGUGGAUACCGUGCCUCUGCCAGGAUUCCAGACAACUAUGGGUGCUGCGACUCUUCCUGGAUUGCAGUCUGCUGCACCUUCUACUUUACUGCAGUCACACUCAGCUGCGUCUCUGGAGAACUUUCCAACUCAGGGCAACAAUGAUUUUGGAUGCUACUCAUCUGGACCAGCAACUCCAUAUUCUCUCCCACCUGGCUUGUCUUCUCAACUGGGGUGGCAGUAGAUAAUGGACCUGCUUUCAAAUACCCUGUAAGAUUUCAAUGUAAAGUUGAUGUUUGCUGAAUUUAUCCAGCUCUUUGAUUAGGCAUACGGUAUACUUAGCAGUUAUGUAGAUGGAACUUGAUGGGUUUUUUCCAAAUAAAAUAUAUCUGAACAUCAUUUUUUGAUUUUUAAAAAAAGGGACGAGGGAUGAUAUAGAAACAGUGUCUUCAGUUUAAAUUUCUUCUGAUUAGUUGCAAUAUCUGUAAGCUGGUAAGACUUGCUAAAUGCUAUUUUUCACUCAAGUAUAUGGGACAUUAGAGAAACAUUAUAAAGGGAUAGUCUUGUGAUUAAGUUUUUGAACUAGUAAUCCAGAGACUGGAGUAAUGGACUGAAGACACUGAUUGAAAUCCCAACACAGAAGAUGGGAAAUGUAAAUGUGGAUAAUCUGAGUAAAUGUGAAAUUUAAAAAAUUUAGAACCAGGAGUAGUGACCAUAUUGCCACUGGAUUAUUGGUAAAGACCCAUCUAACUGACUGUUGUCUUUUUGGGGAAGGAAAUCAACAGCCUUACUUGGUCGGGAUUAUAUGCGACUUUAAACUCGGAAAUGUGGAUAAUUCUUAACUAUUCUCCAAAAUGGCAAACUAUUCAGUUGCCAAGGAAGUCUAUUUUCUGCAAACAGUUCAUUACUGUAAAUGUUUGAACAUUUUGUCAUAAAGCUUGCUUCUUAUGCUACUAAUUUGCAUUAAACUUAAGUGAGACUUCUCGUUAACCUGAUAUUGCAGUCAAAUCAAAAAGAUGUUCUGCUGACUGCACAUGUAAACAAUGUAGUUUUUGAGUCAUUACCAUUGUUGUGACAAAUACGUAGGCAGAUGGUUUGCUCCAACAACUGUCAGACCUCAUCAAACAACAUGUCCCUUUGACCCCCUUUGAGGAGGGAUCUGAUUGAGACCUACAAAAUCAUGAGAGGUGUGGAUAACAAGAAACUUUUUUUUCCAGCGUGGAGGACUCAAUUAUGAGGGGUCAGGAGUUCAAAGUGAGAGGGGAAAAGUUUAGGGGAGAUAUACGUGGAAUGUUCUUUACGUAGAGGGUUGAGAGUGCCUGGAAUGCAUUGUCAGGGGAGAUGGUAGGGAUGGGAACAAUGGCGUCAUUUAAAACAUCUAGACAAAAAAGUGAAUGGGCAGGGAGCAAAGGGAUACAGAGCCUUCAAAAAUAGACGGCAGAUUUAGAUGGAGGAUAUGGAUCAGUGCAGGCUUGGAGGGCCAAAGGGCCUGUCCUGUUCUGUAGUAUUCUUUGUUCUUUGACCAUCUGCAGCAGACAGAAUGCUGAUCAUAUUCAUAAAUGUCAAUGUUACAUGGUAUUCAACAUUAGAUUUGAUUUGUUAAGUAUUCCUGACCACCAAGAAUUACACUGAAAACCAAUUUAAAGUUAUCCUUCCGGCUCCCAGUAAUUCAGUUUCAUGUGCUAGAAGCUACAUUUAUUUACACGCAGGGUUCUGUCCUUUGUAGGAAAAAUAUGUUCGUGAUUUUUUUUAACUGAGUAAAGGCUUAUAAAA